AUGCACAUUGCCGCGGUCGGCAUCGCGGCGAGUUGGGGAUUCCGGUCCCAGCAUCCACAGAUCAUGGAUCCCAAGUUCCCCAUACUCAUCACCCAGGCCAUCCUGCCCUCCCCGCUCGCACACACCCGCACCCUUCUGCCUGGAGGCGCCACAUGGCAUCCCCUCCUCCUCACGGCUCUGCUGGCCGCCCUCGCCCUGAUCUCGACGCCACGCCUGCUGCGCCUGGCACGCAACGAAGCCUGCCUGCGCCGCCUCCCCAUCCCCCCAACUCCCUCCUGGCUGCUGGGCCACCUCUCCGACUUCGCCCACCCCCAGCACCACCUCCGGCUCUUUGACUGGGCGACCCAGCUGGGACCGGUGUACUCCCUGCGCCUGCUCACCAGCCGGCUGGUGGUCCUGUCGGACCCCAGGGCUGCGGCCGCCGCCCUACGGCUGGGCGGCGGGGCGGAGAAGCCUGACAUCGUGUAUCAUGUUGGCAACAUGUUCAACUCCGAGUGCGGGGAGCCCAACAUGGUGUCUGCUCGCACGGCCUCUCCCCUGUGGAGGGCCGUGAGGAAAGGCACGGCACCCGCAUUCAGCGCCUCCAGCCUCAGGCAGGGCUUCCCGGAGCUCCGCCCAGUGCUGAGGGCCUUGCAUGCUGUGCUGGCAAGCCAUGCAACAGAUGGCGCCCCGCUGGACGUGGCAGACCUCAUGCUGAGGGCCAGCUUUGAUGCCGUGGGCCAUCUGGGCUUCCACCACGCAUACUGCUCGGUGGAGGCAUAUGGCGGCUCCCCUUCCAUGCACGCAAACGCCAUCAUGCGAGCCUUUGAGGCCAUGAUGCACGAGGUGCCCAAACGCAGCGCAAACCCUUUCAGGCGCUAUGCACGCUGGGACAGGUCUGUGCGAGAGGCCAAUGCGGCCACGAGGGUGUUCCAGGCCGAGAUGCGCGCCCUGCUGCGCGGCUUGCGUGCGGCCGACCUGCCCCCUUACUCGCUGGGGUCCCUGCUCCUGAGCACCCUGGACCCGAGCACCAAGGGUCCCCUGUCUGAGGCCAGACUCCUGUCAGAGCUGAGCAACAUGUUUGUGGCAGGGGCAGACACCACCGGCAACACCCUGGCUUGGGCGCUGUACCUGGUGAGCCUCCACCCCGGGGUCGAGGCACGAGUGGAGGAGGAGCUCAAGGGGCUGGGUCUUUGUGGGCCCGGCGCAAAGGAGCUGGAGGUCGGAGACCUCGGCAGGCUGCGCUGGCUCAGUGCCGUCGUCAAGGAAACUCUGCGCAUCAUGCCCGUCUCCGCGGAAGGCACGGCAGUCGAGUUUGACAGGGACACCGACAUCCUGGGCUACAGGAUACCUGCGGGGACCCUCAUUUGGAUCCCAUUUUUCAUCAUGCACCGCUCCUCUGGCCUCUGGGAUCGGCCGGAAGUCUUCGACCCCGAACGGUGGUUGACGCCGGAGUGCGAACAUGUGGAGGGGCAGCCGGGUCAAGCCCUCCGCUUCUGUCCCUUCAGCCAGGGGACACGGAGCUGUGCAGGGCAGGCCAUGGCGGAGAUGAACUACCGCGCCAUCCUCGCCAGCAUCUGGGGAAGGUUCACCUUUACAGCCGUGGAUGAGGUAAGGUAUCAGGUGCAGCGAGUGGACGAUGGGCGGGAGUACGCCCUGAAAGCCACCGACAUGUCCAAGCUGAGCGGCGUCGAGCGGAUCAGUCUAGUGGAGGAGAUUCGGUACCUGGCGUCUCUGUCCCACCCCAACAUCGUGCGAUACUACGAGGCCUUUGUGGAGGAGCAGUGGCUAUGCAUAAUCACCGAGCUGGUGUUGGGAGGGGAUGUGGCAACCCUGAUCGAGAAUACGCGUGAAGCGCACUCCUUUGUGCCUGAGGACAGCAUUUGGAGCAUCUUCCUGCAAACAGCUCUGGCCCUCGAAGAGCUCCACAACUGCAAGAUCCUGCACAGGGACGUCAAACCAGCAAACCUCCUGAUCAAUGGCAACACUGUCAAGCUGACAGACUUUGGGAUCAGCAGGAUCCUGGAGCGAAUCUUCACCCGCACUCAGAUUGGGACCCCGUACUAUAUGAGCCCAGAGAUGUGGGCGGGAAAGGCUUACUCCCUGUCCAGCGACGUGUGGGCGCUCGGCUGCUUGACCCUGGAGCUGGGCACCCUGCGCUUGGCCUUCCCCGGCGAGACCGACGCCGAGGUGGAGCGCAACGUCAUGCUGAAUCAGCCCCCUCUGCUGCCCCCGCGCUACAGCGACAACCUGGAUGCCGUGGUGAAGGCAAUGAUGAACCCCUGCCCCAUCCAGCGGCCCACCAUCACCGAGAUCCUGGCCAUGCCAGAGGUGCGCCGCCAGUGGAGCAUCCUGCCCGCUGCCCUUCUUUCCAAGCUGCACUCUCACAACGAUGGUGCGCCGUCGCAUCACAUCCUGCAGCCGAUCCAGCUGCCCAAGGAGCUGCGCCUGCUGAACUCGCGCCUGCCCCCCGCCCAGUAUGAAACUGGCGAGGGCAUGGCGUUCCUGCUUUCCAGGCCCAUGUCCUCCAGCGCCGGCGACCUGGCGGGGAUGGACGGCCAGAGCGGAGCGGCAGAUCCCCCCUCCGGCCUGACGCGUUCCAAUUCCAUCAGCAAUUUUGAGGCGGUGGGCCACGGAGGCUCGACCGAGGGGCCGCGGUGGGCAGACCUGAGGCGCAAGAGCGUGCAGGUCGGCAGCCUGGCCUACAGCCUGGCACAAUUGGCGACGGACCCGGAGGAGCAGGAGAAAGGGUUAGGCUCCGGGAAAGCGCGGAGGACCCUACGGGCCUCCGUCACCUUUGCCGCCCCGGAAGGCGCCGGCGCGGGGUCACCGCGCCGACCCCGCUCCGCAGCGCUGAUGCGUAAGAGCGUGGUGCUGGCGGACGUGCAGGGCAUGCGCACGCGGUCGGAGCACGACAGGCGCGCCGCCCUCCGUGACGCCCCGGCCCCAGAGAUCGGCGUAGGGGCGUUUGGCGCCGGGCGCUUUGAGCUGUGCCCCGUGGCCCGCAAGAGCUUCGUGGUGCCCACCACCUCGCACCAGCCCGUGCUGGGUGACCACCCGGAGCGCGCGCCGACCGGGGCCGGCGGGGAGCGGGGCCGCGCUGGUGUGCGUACGGGGGCGGCCGCGGACCAGCGAGCCGCGGUGGCCUGGCCCGGCCCGGCCAAGACCGACACCGGCAUGCACCAGCCCAUGGGGCCUGCAGCAGCAGGGAACGGGUAUGCAUGUCCUGAGAGCGUCCAGACCUCGAGCGCCGUGAAGUCACACAAGCAGCCCAAGAAGGGCAGCUUCUUCAAGAGGCUGUUCCACUGA